GAUGACUCAGCUCACACACAGACAGGCAAAGAAAGUAGACCACAAUGGCAAAACAUAAUCCUGGACGCCUCGCUGCGAUAGUGGUGUCUGUUGUCGGCUUUGCAAUAAGCUUGGUGUUCAACGGGCUGUCAGUCGUUGGAGUUGGUCCUUAUGAUACCACCACAGCCAACGUGUCUGCAGUGUUUGACACCCAGAUCACACCUUCAGGAUGGACUUUCAACAUCUGGAGCGUCAUCUACAUCUGGCUGACAGCGAUGAUUGUAUACAUCGUAGCGGGACUUUGCAGAAAGAAUGGUUAUGGCUACGUUUACUGCAGCCCUGCAGUGCUGCCUUAUGGAUUCUUCAUUAGCUGGUGCGUCAAUCUUUGUUUCAAUAUUGGCUGGCUGAUCGUUUGGGACAGAGGAGAUAUGAUUGCUGCACUGGUUUUUCUCGUCUUGGUCAUCUGCACAAACUACUCCAUGAUAUUUUUCGUCUGCCAUGGACUCCAUGUUUAUGGAGCCUGGCUAAAAAAAUACCACAAAGCAGACCUGUGGCUCCUGCGUGUGCUGGUUCAGAACGGAGUGAUGAUCUACACAACAUGGACAACCAUUGCAACACUAAUCAACUUGACCAUCGUUCUGACUUAUAAUGUAGAGAUGUCGCCAACGGAUGCAGCCACUAUCUCGUACUCCCUUUUGGCUGUCGUGUUGCUUAUGUGGUUUGUGUUGGAAAACUUUGUCCUUGACAAACACGUGCGGUACAUCCUCGUCAUCUACCCGGUUGUGAUCUGGGCGCUGUCUGGAAACCUGGACAAAAACUUUGAUGCAGAAUCACCCAACCGCAAUGGCAUCUUCAUUGCUGUGCUGCUGGCUUUAGCCUGUGCGUUGUUCGUCAUUCGGAUUGUUUUGGUGGUUUGGAAACACAUCAAACAGCCCCUCUACGCAGACGCCAGUCCUGAAGCCAUGGAGCCGACGCAGAUUGCUGAAAAGCAGAAGAAGAUAUUCCGCUAAGCAUUUUUAUGAUAUAAGACACUGACACUUGAUGAUGUCAUGUAUGCCAGAAGACAGCUGUGCAGGUGUUUGGCAUUGCUCUGUUGAUAAUCAUGGGAACAAAUGUUUUAUUUUGUAAAUUCUAAUAAAUUUUUUAUCAAAUUCUGA